CGGUAGAUUUUUUUUUGCAGUGAAGUGCAGAUAUUUCAGUCCAUAACAGAGCUUUGAGGCUUAUAACUUUAUCCAAAAUCGAAGAAGCCCUCUCUAAUCAAAAUUAUUCAUUUCUUGAUACAAACAUCAAUGGAGAGCCUUGCCGUGAACAUUGUUCCAUUCCCUCACCCUUCUUUUCUCAAUUCUAAAUUACCAAUAAAUAGAGAAAAGGGUUUUUUCCAUUGUUGGCCAUGCAAACAAAGAAGCAGCAGCUCCAGCCCCCACAAUCCCACACGUUUAAACUGUCACAAAAUGUUUGUUCCUGGGUUUGGAGAAGCAUCACCAGAGGCCAAAGCAGCUAAAAACCUCCAUAAUUUCUUUAAUUAUAUAGCUGUUAAGAUUGUCAGUGCUCAGCUUGAGAGCUAUAACCCUGAAGCUUACGAGGAGUUGAUGGAGUUUUUGGAUACUCACUCGUUGAAUGAUGGGGAUGAGUUUUGCGCUAGCUUGAUGAGGGAAUCUUCUAGGCAUAAAGCUCUAGCCCUACGCAUCCUAGAGGUUCGAUCUGCAUAUUGCAAACGUGACUUCGAGUGGGACAACUUGAAGCGCUUAGCUUUCAAGAUGGUAGAUGAAUCCAAUACAAAACUCAUGAGGGAAUAUGUUUUAGAAACCAGUCCUGCCACUGAAAAUGAAACCGGCAAGUGAUCCGAUGCUCGACUUGAGCUUGCCGAUAAGAUAUCAGAUAGGUCAUAUAACUGACGGGAUUAUUCCGGGGUACCCAGUACUGGUGUAUCAAAAUCUGUAGUACAUACAGUGUAUAAAAAAGAAGUAAUAUAUAGAAGCAUUAUAUUGAAAGUUAGGAACAA